CCCUGACCCGCAUCCGUUCUGAGUGGGCCCAAACACCGUCAAAAUAGGAGCCGUCCCGUCCAAUCCCAUCCCCGUUCAUCGCGGCGACGUGCCGGCGGCAAAAGCGAGGGCAGUAGCCGUUGUCGCGGCCGCCGGCUGUACAUCCCCACUCCCUAACCUACGCAGGCGGACCCCUCUGCGUCUCUCUUCACCGGCACCGGGCGCGCAGGCGGGAGAGGUGGGGGCUAGGGAGCUAGGGUUCCCGUCGCCUGUCGUCUGAUGGCGGCGGGCGCGGGCGAGAGCCAGGGGGUGGGAAGACUCCUCUCCUACGCCGACGAUCUCGUGGGCGUCCUCCGCGUCAGCACUGACCGCGACAUCAACGCGCGGGUCGGCGCCGGAGCGCGGAGGCUGCUGUCCGCCUGCCGGUCCGAGGCUGACGACCUCGAGCUGAAGAUCAAAGAAACUGACUUCUGCAAAGAAAAGACUGACAAAGCAAAAGUUGAAACCAUUGCUGACGAUGAACUUAAUGCACUGGAAAGCAAGAUGGAAGAAAACCUGCAGGAAGAGAAGCAGCUUCGUGAAGAGUUAAGAGUGCUACAUGAUGAGCUUGAUGACCUAGACCACCAAAGAGUUUCUAUAAAAGAAAGAACGGAUGCUGUCAAGAAGAAAAAGAAAGACACGCAGAAAGCAAAACGUAUGCUUUCCAUGUGCAUGUCAGUUACAAAUAUCGUCCCAAAUUUGGAAGGCCAGGAUAAGGUUUCGGGAAAUAUUAUCCACCAGAACAGGAGGAUGGAGAAAUUCGAGUUUGAGAACACGACACCACCAGUUGAGAUAUGCGACGAGCUCUGGAAGAAGAUUUAGCAUGUGCAGAUCAUUCUUGUUGUAAGUCGGCGGAAACUAUGCCGGUGUAUUGUCGCUGGUUGGUGGUCCUCCCAUCGAGAAGGGGAUGCAGUUCGCCAUGUUGUUUGUAUCGUUAAUUCGAGAAGUUGUACUAUUUUCGGUCAAGGGCGCCUUUGGAACAGAAAAAAAAUCUGAGUUUCAAAGGCUGGAGCCAUGUUUGAAUAAGUUGUACCGACGUCGGUAUCUGGCUUGGUAGCCAUAUUUCGAAGUCGUUCGACUCGACAGUCAUUCACUAGUAUCAAACCA